AUGGUGUCGGGCGUGGCUGCGAUCCAUGAACACGGUUUGGUCCACUUCGAUGUGAAGCCUGCGAAUUGUUUGAUGGUUGGGGGACGCGUGAAGCUGAGCGAUUUUGGUCUAGCACGAAGGUUAGACGAGAACAAAACGCACGUUUCGCGCCACGGACAAUGCGGCACGCCGCGCUACAUGGCUCCGGAAGCGUUCUGGCAACCGGAGGAGGGCGCGGGGUCGAUGAAGAUGCGUCCGCAGGCGGACAUUUGGUCUUUAGGAAUCAUCUUGUAUGAACUCCUGUAUGGUCGCGGUCCGUAUAAGCAUUUUGAGGGC